AUGCAAGCUCUAGACGAGACGUCACAGCGCUUUGACGGUCAGUCUCACCCCACUUACACCGUCGCUUGUCCUGCUUCGUCCUUUUCUUGCUUGCUCUCUCAUUCAUCCGUCGUUCACUCCAAUAAAUUCAUUUUUGCAAACAUGUCUGAAUCUUUGAUUGAUUUCCGCUCCCUCAUCGACUCGUACGACUUUGCUCCUGACGGCAGAGAAAAGUUCAACACCUUGUUCGGCCUCCUGGACAAAGCUAUAGGCAACUCCGCCAGCCACACGUCUGACGCCAAUGAGGCCGUCGCCAAUGGCAUCGACGAGAUAAGCAACCAUGACGAGCCUGAGGGCUUUCUCUGGACAUUAUGGACGCUGUUUAUUGAAAUCUCCAAGCGCAUCCCGUUGGACGACCCGCGGGUGCAGAGCUUGGUUGAGAUUACUCAGAAGCUCAAGGUCAAGAAAAGCGCAACGGUUGAGGUAUGGGGAUCGAAGUACAGCUUGUGGACCGACAUGCCGCUUUUUGGAGCCGUCAUGAGAGAGGCGUGGAAUGGCACUCCUAAUUACGACAACUCCCCUGAAGAUGCCACUACAAUCGCCCAAUGGAAGUCACUCAACUCAUUCGCCGCCCGCCUCCUCGGCUCUUCAGUGGAGUCUUGGACGAAUUUCGCUCUGUGGGAACUUCGCGACGGGCUGGAAGAGCCGCUGGAGUCUCAGCAGGCCAAGGACACGCACUUGAUAGCCGCCUCGGAAUGGAUCACUCACGCCGGCAAGGUGUUGUACGACGAAGGGCGCAAAGGUGUACCAGUAGACAAAGAUGAUGAACAAUCUCUCAGUACUGGUUCACUAUUGGAAGGGGAAGCUUCGGGAUUUACUGAAGCGAGAUGGAACUUUUGGAAGAAGAAGAUUCAAGAGCUGAGUGCUGGAGCGGGCGACGAGGCGAAGAAGAGGGCGGGAAAGGCCUUGGAGGUGGUUAAGAGCCUCGAGGCUUGA